AUGGAUGUUCUGCCGGUUCAAUCUGCGCUCAUCCUUCUUUUGCUUCACUUUCAGCACACAGAGACUCUCUAUAUCACCGACAGCAUCGACCCUGAAUGAGAUGAGUUCUAACACAAUAUGAAACAUCUUGAUGAAUUCCCUGCAGCAUGUCCUGAAGGAGUACGCCCUGGUGAAGCCGGCGAGCGUGGACAUACAUGGACGCUUCCUCUCCCACGCCGUCUCGGCUGACCGCCUGCGUGGGCUGCAGCACCGGCGCAGAAGAAGAGACGCUCACGAGCACACAGGGCCAGAGCACCACGAGACACUCUUUUACAAUGUCACUGUUUUUGGACAGGAGUUUCACAUGCUCUUGAGGCGAAACUCACGCUUGGUGGCCCCAGGUGCAACUCUGGAGUGGCACGAGGAGGAUAACCGAACCUGGACAGAACCACUACUGCCAAGCAAAUGCCUCUACGUGGGCCACGUUACGAAUGUACCAGAUACUUCAGUGGCCAUUAGCAACUGUGACGGCCUGGCGGGAAUGAUUCGCACAGGUCAGGAGGAGUUCUUCAUCGAGCCACUGGAGAGAGGAGGCGACAUGACAGGAGAGGAGGAGGGUGGAUCCGGGCGACAUCACAUCCUCUACCGGUCGUCUGACAUCAAGAAACCAGCCAUCAGUCAUGCUGACUACUUUCACCCCAGAGGUUUGCCGUCCAGACGAGAUCACAUGGGAUUACCUUUCACAGGUUCAGUACUGGGUGGUCUGGCUGGAGUGGAUGCCAUAUCCAAAGGGUUGAAGCCAAAAGUGAACGGCAGCAGGCGUGUACGCAGACAAUCAUACCAAGAUGAGAUCUUCAACAUUGAGGUGUUGCUGGGAGUGGAUUGCUCCGUGGUGCAGUUUCAUGGCCAAGAGCAUAUCCAGAAAUAUCUGCUCACCCUUAUGAACAUCGUGAAUGAGAUCUACCAGGAUGCCUCACUUGGUGCUCAUAUCAACGUAGUCCUGGUGCGAAUCAUGAUGCUCUGCUCAGCCAAGUCCAUGGGACUGAUUGAGCUUGGGAAUCCAUCUCAGAGUCUGGAGAAUGUGUGUCGCUGGGCUUUUCUGCAACAGAAAGAGGACGAGAACGAUGCAGAGUAUCAUGAUCACGCCAUCUUCCUGACCAGACAAGAGUUUGGACCAACGGGCAUGCAAGGUUACGCUCCAGUGACGGGCAUGUGCCACCCAGUGAGGAGCUGCACUCUGAAUCAUGAGGAUGGUUUCUCGUCUGCUUUUGUGGUGGCUCAUGAGACGGGACACGUAUUAGGGAUGGAACAUGACGGACAGGGUAACGAGUGCGGAGACGAGGUGCCGAUGGGAAGCAUCAUGGCGCCACUGGUGCAGGCAGCUUUCCACCGCUUCCACUGGUCUCGCUGCAGCCAGCAAGAGCUCAGCAAAUACCUCAACACGUACGACUGUCUGCGUGACGACCCCUUCGAUCACGAGUGGCCAUCCCUGCCUCAGCUGCCCGGCCUGCAUUACUCCAUGAACGAGCAAUGUCGCUUUGACUUUGGCAUGGGUUACAUGAUGUGCACAGCGUACAGCACCUACGACCCAUGCAAGCAGCUGUGGUGCAGCCACCCCGAGAACCCUUUCUUCUGCAAGACCAAGAAGGGCCCUCCUAUUGACGGCACCAAGUGCGCUCCAGGAAAGAACUGCUUUAAGGGUCACUGUAUUAAACUGACAUCGGAUAUCCUCAGGCAGGAUGGACAGUGGGGGCAGUGGACCAAAUUUGGCUCCUGCUCGCGUACUUGUGGAGGAGGCGUCCGUUUCCGCACCCGCCAAUGUGACAACCCCAUCCCGGCCAACGGGGGGCGCACAUGCUAUGGAAAUAAUUAUGAGUUCCAGCUGUGUAACAAUGACGAGUGUGACAAGGAUCUGUCUGAUUUCCGAGAGGAGCAGUGCAAGUUAUGGGAUCCGCGCUUAGAGCACCAGGGGACCAAGCAUCACUGGCUGCCAUAUGAACAUCCUGACCCUGAGGAGCAAUGCAACCUCUACUGCCAAUCUAAAGAAACAGGAGACGUGGUCCCCAUGAAGAGGAUGGUGCAUGAUGGCACACGCUGUUCCUAUAAGGAUUCUUACAGUGUGUGUGUGAGAGGAGAGUGCGAGAAAGUGGGUUGUGAUAAUGUGAUCGCUUCUGAGAUGGAGGAAGAUAAGUGUGGUGUGUGUGGAGGGAACAACUCCACCUGCAAGAUCGUCAAAGGCAACUUCACUCGGAGCACCAGAAAGCCAGGUUUCCUGAAGAUCCUGGAAAUACCCAGAGGAGCGAGGCAUGUCCUGAUCCAGGAGUUUAAAGGAUCUCCUCAUAUUCUGGCGGUGAAGAACCAAGCCACGGAUGACGUAUUCCUGAACGAUGAGGGCGAGUUUCCUGAAACCAGAUCAGUGAUUGAGAAAGGUGUGCUUUGGGAGUAUACCAACGAUGAUGAUAUGGAAACAGUCCAGACCACAGGCCCACUGAGAUACGGAGUCCUUAUCAUGGUCCAGUCUCGUGGUACGUCUAAAGUCACUCUGUCCUACAAGUACAUUCUCCCAGAGGAUCCAUCAUCAUCUAUGGAGAACAGCUUACCUCAGGAUGAUAUACUGUACUUCGAGUGGGCUCUGAAGAAAUGGUCCCACUGCUCCAAGCCGUGUGGUGGAGGUAAGCAAUAUACGCGAUUCGGCUGCCGAAGGAAGUCCGAUAGCAAAAUGGUGCACCGGACGUUCUGCGUCAACAUCCCCAAACCCCAUGCCAUCAGUCGAGCCUGUAACGUGAAACAGUGCUCGGAGCCCAUAUGGGUGACUGGAGACUGGGAGGAGUGCAGUAAGUCAUGUGGUAAGACAGGGACUCAGGCUCGGCCUGUGCGCUGUGUAAGGCCUCAGGAGGAUGGCACACACAAAACUGUCAACUCCAAAUACUGCAGCGAUGAUCGGCCCGAGAGCAGGCGCUCCUGUAAUCGGCACCUCUGUCCUGCUCAGUGGAGAACCGGACCAUGGUCCCUGUGCUCCGUCACAUGUGGAAAUGGAACCCAGGAGCGCCAGGUUAUGUGUAUCACUCUCGAUAACAAUGUCGGCAUCUGUAAGGACACAAAGCCAGAAAAUAUCCAGAAAUGUCAACUGACACCUUGUCCAAACGAUAAGGGGAACUUCCUGAUCCAGUGGCUUUCCAGAGCAGACCCUGAAUUCCCGGCGCCCAAGAUCUCCUCAAGAGUGCGCUGUAAAGGCGACAAGUCAGUCUUCUGUCGUAUGGAGGCGCUGAAAAAGUACUGCUCCAACCCUGGCUACAAGCAGAUGUGCUGCAAGUCGUGCAGCGAAAGCAACUUCACCUCAAAUCUCAACCUGACCACCACCACCACCACCACCGUGUCUCCACGCUCUCACCAUCUCCACACCACACCGCUCAUCACCCACAUCUCCACCUCCAGACCUAGCAGCACCUCCACACCUUGGAGAUACACCACAACUCUGAACUCGCUCAGCCUGAGCCGAGGGAUCACGUUUCCCAGCACCACCAGCUCCAUCCUGGAAGAAACGGACGGUCCGAGCACCUCGUCAGACGAGGAGGAGGAGGAAAUCACGGAACUGUGGAAAGUCGAUAUCAUCGAGUCGGUCUCAGAGUCCACAUCUGGAUUCGAGGAACUUUUACCAACCACCAUUGAGUAUGUAGUAACCAGAAAACCGGUUACAACGUCAACACAAUCCAUGUUUACAAGUCCAUGUCUUCCGACGAUAGUAAGCCUUCAUAGGUCAGAAGACAGAAAGGAGAACAACUCCAUCGACGUGUCAUACAGAAUUGUUAACGGUAACAAAGUCACUCAGAGCUACGUUAGACCAAAAAAGCGAGGACGCUUCCGAGAGAGAACGCAGAAUAAAAGGAUUCAGCAGCUCCUCGAGGAAAAAAGGAGGCAAGACUUUCUUAAAAGACUCAAACGAAAACCUGGAGACUGAUUUGGUGGGUGUUUUGUUUCUUUCUUUGGUUUUCUUUCUUUCAGUGUCAUGGAAACACUUUCAUCUCUGGGAUGUAUUAUAACAUCUGCAAUAAAUUCACCUUCAGAAUGCUGUUAAGUAGCAGAACGUUAAUCUCUGCAUUUGUUUUUUUUUGUUUGUUUUGUUUUUUUUCCAUUUGAAUGCUUUGCACUUUUUUGCUCUCACAAUGCACACAAUCCUGUACUAAACAUCGUCAUGGUGAUUCGUUUAAUGUGGAAAGACGGUAGUUUGGUUUGAUCAUUUCGCCAAGUAAAAUUAAAACGAAACAUUUUUAUUCUAUCCACAUUCACUGGAUAUGAGCAAUCGCACGCUCUGAUUGGCUACUCUACUACUAGGCUAUCAGCUCAUAUUCCGUGAGUAGAGAAAAACAAAAUGGCGGAGCGUAUUGCUGAACCAACCGUGGACGAAAUAAAAACUACUCGAAAAUAAAACCACAAAAAUACAAACAAAAAAACGCAAUAAAAUAUGGAAUAAAAGUAUUUGAUGGUAAGAAUGUAUCCUUUAUUUAUUUUUCAAUAAUUAUUAUUAUCACAUUUUUCACAAAUUGCUCCUGUCAUUUCGCCGGUUUGUUUACAUUCUAAGCGGAAAUUAUUUUGUCGGACAUUUUGUA